ACUUUGGGCUGGCUAUUCUGUAAAUAUUUCCCUCAUUAUCCCUGCUACCAAUAUCGGAUUACAUUUCAUUUAGACAGCUCCAUUCCUUGCCUUUCUGAUCUGUUUUAAAAAAGUGGGGAAGAAUAAUCCAGUUUCAAGUAACUGGGAGACAAAAUAACCUCAAGUAUAUAUAUAUAUAUAAAAAUCUUUCCAAGAACUUUCUUCAGAGAUUUCACUGAAAUUAUGCAUAUACUGAAGAAAAAACAUGUAUUUUGGAUGGCUGUGUGUCUGCUGCUGAGUCUGGCCCCUGAGUGUCUUAAGGCUUUUUCUGAUGAAGAAGAAGAUUAUGAAGAAAUUUCAGAUUCUACCUUGCCACCUCGUAAACCUAAGCAUACAUUUUGUGGAUAUAAGGCAGAUAUUGGGCCAUGUAGAGCAUUGUUGAAGAGAUAUUUUUACAAUAUUUUCACUGGAAAGUGUGAAGAAUUUAUAUAUGGGGGCUGUUUAGGAAAUAAGAAUAGAUUUGAAACUCUAGAGGAAUGUAAAAGUACAUGUGUAAUAGACAAUAAGGAGAAGAUCAUGAGAGAAGGAAAGCCAUAUUACUGUUUCUUGGAAGAUGAUACUGGAAUCUGUCGAGGUUUCUAUUGGAGGUAUUUUUAUAACCACACGUCAAAACAAUGUGAACGAUUUGUGUAUGGUGGGUGCCUUGGCAACCAAAACAACUUUGAAUCCUUGGAAGCAUGCAAUAAUACCUGUGCAAAUCCCUCAAAUGAUACCCAGGUGAAUGCCUAUAAAUCCAAGCCUAAUACCAUAAAUAAAAGAACAUACGUGAUGGUCCCCAAACCGACAAAAGCUUCUAGACUGUGGGAAUAUCGUGGUCCUUCAUGGUGUCGCACACCAGCAGACAGUGGACUGUGUAAAGCCAGUGUAAACAGAUUCUACUACAAUGCAACUAUUGGGCGAUGCUUACCAUUUAAGUACACUGGAUGUGGUGGAAAUGAAAAUAAUUUUGUUUCUAAACAAUCCUGUUUUAAGGCAUGUAGGAAAGGUUUCAUCAAAAGAGUAUCCAAAAAAAGGCAAAUUAAAAAUAAUGUUAAAGUUGGCCAGGUAUGGCGGCGUACACCUUUAAUCCCAGCACUGGGGAAGCAGAGAUAGGCAGAUCACUGAGAGUUCAAGACCAGCUUGGUACUACAAAAUGAGUACCAGGUCAUCUUGAGCUAAAGUGAGACACUACCUCGAAAACAACAACAACAAAGUCAAAAGAAUGUCAUUAGUGCAAGAUUGUUAUAUUGUUACUUAAUUCUACUAGACAUUGUAUGACAUGUUAUCAUCAUGAUUUCUACUUUUGCUAAAAUACCUUGAAUCAAUACAUUCAAAAAAUAGUUUUCUAGAUUAUUGUGCAUGCUAUUAAUGUAUAUGAGUUAUUUUUCUAAUUUGACCAAUGCACUCCUUUGAGGGUCAUAAUUUAUUAAUUGACUACUGUGAAUUUAUUCUUUCUGCUGAUCCCUUUGGUAGCCAUUUUCCAUUUUACUAUGAAUUAUCAAACUACCAGCAAACCCAGUUUUCUCUCUUGUUCGGGAAGUAUCUGUUUGGGACAUGUUUCAUGUAUUUGUGGUGAUCAUGUCCAUUAUCACAGUCAUGUGGUCUGUUACCAGGUUAAGAUAUCCAUCUAUGAACAAUCAGGUGGGAAUUGGUGGGUAAUAAGAGCACUUUGUCACAUAGACAUGAGUGUCGGUGAAGGUCUAAUUGACCCAAAAUUCCAUUCCCUGGCAUGUACCCAAACAGGUGGGUGCAGUUACACAUGUCUGUCAGCCCAGUCCUGUGAAUGGGGAACAGGGGAGGGACAGAAGAAUCUCUGAGGCUCACUGGUCAGUCAGUAUGGUUGAAAAUAACAGCACUGUGUUCAGUGAGAGUCUGUGUCUCAAGAGAGCACACUGAUGAGUCACAGUGAAGGAUCCAGUACUCUCUCCUGGUCUCCACACAUGUGAGCAUGGGGCAUGCAUAUCUUCACAAACACACACACAUGCGCUCACACACACACUCAUAUGCACAUUCACAUAUCAUUCACAAACCCAGAAGAAUAAUCAGCAUUUGGGUUUCACAUCUAAAAUGGUGGCAAGACCAUGCUCCUGAUAAAUAUUGCUCAGCUGAGCCUUUAGAAAAGAACUGAUCACGAUAAAAUUCCACCAUGUGCUUCUCUUCCUAGCUGUGCUUUCUUUUUGAACUAGCCACUUUCUCCACCAAUACUGAACGAAACUGUAUUUGAACAAGGAACAUGCACCUACCUCUAUAUCUUAGGCCUCCCUGAUUUUGAUUAGUUUGGCUUUUGUGACUGGUCCAUCAUACACAAUAGGACAGUUAAAUAAUUGUGCAUUAAGUACAGUUUAUGAUACUUUGAAACUUUUUAAAAAACUUAUGGAAAAAUUAUUACUAUCAAAAUGAAUUUCAUUCUAAUUUGUAUGUACAUCUAAUUUAUUGCAUGGUAAUUUUUGUUAUUCUGCAUAACAAGAAUAUUGAAAUCGCCUGAAACCUACAUUUAUCAGGAGACAUUGUGCAAUGAAACUAGUAUUUACACAAUCAUGGUUACAUUGUCUUCUUUUACUUGCCAUUAGCAAAAGUCUUUAACUGUGAAUUCUAUAAACUUAUGUUAUAUACUGUAUAUGUGCAUUUACCUACUGUUUUAUUCUUGGAA